AUGACCACCACUUCAGUAGAAAAGACAAGCACAAUUCCUCUUCCUCCUAUUACAACACCAGGGAGCACAGCUGGAGCCACCUCCAGUAUACUAGAGACGUCCACAUCCCCUGUAGAGUCCAUGUCUCCAGCAAUAACUAGUACCACUGCAACUGAAGAGACAAGGAGACUUCCCCUUUCUGCAAGUUCACUACCUGAAAGCACAGCUGCAGCCACCUCUACCGAAGGAGAAACAUCCACCUCUCCUCCAGAGACAACUUCUGCAGCUGAAACUACAGCAAUGACUAGUACCACUACAACAGAGGGGACAAGCGCAGUACCUCUUUCUACGAGUGCGCUACCUGGGAGCACAGCUAGAGCCUCCUCAACUAUUCCAGAGACCUCCACAGCUCUGCUAGAGACCACAUCCCCAACUGAGACGACAGCAAUAAUUAGUGCUACGACAAUCGAGAAGACAACCACACUUUCCAUUUCUACAAUUUCACAACCUGAAAGCACAGUUGUAUCCACCAGAACCAUUGGCGAAACAUCCACCUCUCCUCUAGAGAUGACUUCUGCAGCUGAAACGACAGCAAUAACUAGUAGCACUAGAGUAGAAGAGUCAACACCACCUCCUCUUCCUACCACUACACUUCUUAGGACCACAGCGGCAGCCACCUCUACUACUUCAGAGACCUCCACUGGUGCUCUGGAGACCUCUUCCCCAAAGGAGACUACAGCAGUAACUGGUACCACUGCAGUAGGCGAGACAACCACAAUUACUCUUCCUACUACUUCACCCUAUGAAAGCAAAGUUAUAGCCACCUCGAGUAUACCAGAGACCUCCACCUCUCCUGUAGAGACCACUUCUGCAGCUCAGACUACAGAAAUACCUAGUACCAGCACAGCAGAAGAGACAACCACAGUUCCGUUUCCUACUGCUUCACUGCCUGGGAUUACUGCUUCCACCACGUCUGUUCUUCAAAAGACCCCCACAGCCCUUCGAGAGACCACUUCCCUAGCUGAGACUGCAGCAAAAGCGAAUGCCACUGCACUAGAAGAGACGAGCACAGUUGCCAUUCCUACCACUUCUCUUCGCGAAAGCACAACAGUAGCCUCUUCUCUUAUUCGCGAGAUCUCCACAGCUGCUCGGGAGUCCCCGUCCCUGGCUGAGACUACAGCGAUAACUCGUACGACUACGGCAGAAGAGACAACCACGGCUGCGCUUCCCACCACUUCAACCCAUAAGAGCACAGCUAUAACCACUUCUACCAGAGCAGAAACAUUCACAUUUCCUUUACAGACCGGUCCCGCAGAGAUGACAGCAGGAACUACUGCCACAGUUGCCUUUCCCACUACUUCUCCAGUUGAAACAACCACCAUUCCGGCUAUCACCACACCAGCCCCUGCGGUCACAUCCCUCACUGAGACGGCAACUGGAGUCACUUCCAUUUUACCGUUGAAAUCCACGGUCCGUCUUGAGACAAGUGUUCCCUCUGAGACCACAAGAAUUCCCAGCGCCUCUACAGAAGUUGAGACAACCACAGCUGCCCUUCCUGUCACUUAUCCCACCGCGACCACAAGUGCAGUCACCUCCUCUGUAGCAGAGACAGCUACAGUUGCUGUUACGGUGACUUCUCCAGUGGAGACCACAGGGACACUGACUCCCACCACAGCAGGUCCUAAAACAUCCACAUCUGCUCUGGAGACCAGUUCUUCAGCUGAGAUCCCAGCAGCUUUGGGCACCACCACAGAACGGGGGACACUCCCAGCAUCCCCUGUCACCACUGUUCUAGCCCAGACUACUAAAACCUCACCCAUUGCUACAGCAGCAGAGAGAAGCACAGCGGCUCCAGUCACCACGACCCCUGCUGAGACCACAACAACUUACACCUCCACUACCAGACAGGGAACAACCACACCUGCCCUUUUUACAACUUCCCCAGCUGAGACCACAACCGCUUUGGGUGUCCCUAUCAGAGGGGCGACAGCAGCCAUCUCUGUGACAACCACAACAUCGCUGUCACCUAACACAGCUGCUUUGACAAAUCGUGAAAUAACUGAAAUAAUCUACCAGAAGACCGUUAAGGCAGUGGAACAAAAUAAAGAUAAUAAUGUCACAACAACACAGACAACUCCAGUGGUUAAAACCACCACCACCACGACGAAAAGUACAACAUUAGAGAGUACCACCAAAGCAGCAGCUCCUGUGAUCCCAAACAAACCUGGGACCACAGCAACGUAUCCCACAACAGGAGCAGAAUCCAUCACCGCAGCCCCAAUGACCACUUCUACAGCUGAGUCUAAAACUGCAGCUACCUCUACGUUAGCAGAGACAUCCGCUUCUGCUCAUCCAACCUCCUCCCUAACUGAGCCCACAUCACUAAUCAGCACUUCCACAUCAGAGCCAACCACAAUUGCUCUUCCUGCUAGUUCAGCGUCAGUUAUGACCGUUGCAGCCACCUCUGCAACAGCAGAAACGUCCACAUCUCCUCUAGAGACCAAUUUCCCAGGUGAGACUACAGCGUUGCCUAGUAACAGGACAGUCGAGGGGACAACCAUUGUUGCGCCUCUGACCACUUCACUACCUCAGAGCACAGCUGCAGCCACCUCCGCUUGGGAAGAGACAUCCACAUUUCCUCCAGAGACCACUUCUCCAGCGGAGACAACAGCAAUAGCUACUAACUCAGUCAAGGAGGGAACCACAAUUGUCCUCCCAAGCAGUUCACUCUAUGAGACCACAGCUGCAGUCACUACUGCUCCACCAGUGACCUCUACGGGUCCUCUACAGACCACAUCCCCAGCUGAGACUACAGCAAUAAUUAGUAGCACUACAGUAGAAAAGACAAGCACAAUUCCUCUUCCUCCCAUUACAACACCAGGGAGCACAGCUGCAGCCACCUCCAGUAUACUAGAGACGUCCACAUCCCCUGUAGAGUCCAUGUCUCCAGCAAUAUCUAGUACCAGUGCAACUGAAGAGACAACGAGACUUCCCCUUUCUGCAAGUUCACUACCUGAAAGCACAGCUGCAGCCACCUCUACCGAAGGAGAAACAUCCACCUCUCCUCCAGAGACAACUUCUGCAGCUGAAACUACAGCAAUGACUAGUACCACUACAACAGAGGGGACAAGCGCAGUACCUCUGUCUACGAGUGCGCUACCUGGGAGCACAGCUAGAGCCUCCUCAACUAUUCCAGAGACCUCCACAGCUCUGCUAGAGACCACAUCCCCAGCUGAGACGACAGCAAUGAUUAGUGCUACGACAAUCGAGGAGACAACCACACUUUCCAUUUCUACAAUUUCACAACCUGAAAGCACAGUUGUAUCCACCAGAACCAUUGGCGAAACAUCCACCUCUCCUCUAGAGAUGACUUCUGCAGCAGAAACGACAGCAAUAACUAGUAGCACUAGAGUAGAAGAGUCAACACCACCUCCUCUUCCUACCACUACACUUCUUAGGACCACAGCGGCAGCCACCUCUACUACUUCAGAGACCUCCACUGGUGCUCUGGAGACCUCUUCCCCAAAGGAGACUACAGCAGUAACUGGUACCACUGCAGUAGGCGAGACAACCACAAUUACUCUUCCUACUACUUCACCCUAUGAAAGCAAAGUUAUAGCCACCUCGAGUAUACCAGAGACCUCCACCUCUCCUGUAGAGACCACUUCUGCAGCUCAGACUACAGAAAUACCUAGUACCAGCACAGCAGAAGAGACAACCACAGUUCCGUUUCCUACUGCUUCACUGCCUGGGAUUACUGCUUCCACCACUUCUGUUAUUCAAAAGACCCCCACAGCCCUUCGAGAGACCACUUCCCUAGCUGAGACUGCAGCAAAAGCGAAUGCCACUGCACUAGAAGAGACGAGCACAGUUGCCAUUCCUACCACUUCUCUUCCUGAAAGCACAACAGUAGCCUCUUCUCUUAUUCGCGAGAUCUCCACAGCUGCUCGGGAGUCCACGUCCCUGGCUGAGACUACAGCGAUAACUAGUACGACUACGGCAGAAGAGACAACCACGAUUGCGCCUCCCACUACUUCAACCCAUAAGAGCACAGCUAUAACCACUUCUACCAGAGCAGAAACAUUCACAUCUCCUUUACAGACCGGUCCCGCAGAGAUGACAGCAGGAACUACUGCCACAGUUGCCUUUCCCACUACUUCUCCAGUUGAAACAACCACCAUUCCGGCUAUCACCACACCAGCCCCUGCGGUCACAUCCCUCACUGAGACGGCAACUGGAGUCACUUCCAUUUUACCGUUGAAAUCCACGGUCCGUCUUGAGACAAGUGUUCCCUCUGAGACCACAAGAAUUCCCAGCGCCUCUACAGAAGUUGAGACAACCACAGCUGCCCUUCCUGUCACUUAUCCCACCGCGACCACAAGUGCAGUCACCUCCUCUGUAGCAGAGACAGCUACAGUUGCUGUUACGGUGACUUCUCCAGCGGAGACCACAGGGACACUGACUCCCACCACAGCAGGUCCUAAAACAUCCACAUCUGCUCUGGAGACCAGUUCCUCAGCUGAGAUCCCAGCAGCUUUGGGCACCACCACAGAACGGGGGACACUCCCAGCAUCCCCUGUCACCACUGUUCUAGCCCAGACUACUAAAACCUCACCCAUUGCUACAGCAGCAGAGAGAAGCACAGCGGCUCCAGUCACCACGACCCCUGCUGAGACCACAACAACUUACACCUCCACUACCAGACAGGGAACAACCACACCUGCCCUUUUUACAACUUCCCCAGCUGAGACCACAACCGCUUUGGGUGUCCCUAUCAGAGGGGCGAGAACAGCAGCCAUCUCUGUGACAACCACAACAUCGCUGUCACCUACCACAGCUGCUUUGACAAAUCCUGAAAUAACUGAAAUAAUUUACCAGAAGACCAUUAAGCCAAUGGAACAAAAUAAAGAUAACAAUGUCACAACUACACAGACAAGUCCUGUGGUUAAGACCACCACCACCACUACGACCGCCUCUGCAACAGCAGAAAUGUCCACAUCUCCUUUACAGACCAAUUUCCCGGAUCCUGAAAUAACUGAAAUAAUCUACCAGAAGACCAUUAAGCCAAUGGAACAAAAUAAAGAUAACAAUGUCACAACUACACAGACAACUCCUGUGGUUAAGACCACCACCACCACUACGAAAAGUACAGCAUUAGGGAGUACCACCAAAGCAGCAGCUCCUGUGAUCCCAAACAAACCUGGAACCACAGCAACGUAUCUCACAACAGGAGCAGAAUCCAUCACCGCAGCCCCAGUGACCACUUCCACAGCUGAGACUAAACAUGCAGCUACCUCUCCGUUAGCAGAAACAUCCACUUCUGCUCGUCCAACCUCCUCCCUAGCUGAGCCCAGAUCACUAAUUAGCACUUCCACAUCAGAGCCAACCACAAUUGCUCUUCCUGCUAGUUCAGCAUCUGUUAUGACCAUUGCAGCCACCUCUGCAACAGUAGAAACGUCCACAUCUCCUCUAGAGACCAAUUUCCCAGGUGAGACUACAGCGUUGCCUAGUAACAGGACAGUCGAGGGGACAACCAUUGUUGUGCAUCCUACCACUUCACUACCUCAGAGCACAGCUGCAGCCACCUCUGCUAGGGAAGAGACGUCCACAUUUCCUCCAGAGACCACUUCUCCAGCGGAGACAACAGCAAUAGCUACUAACUCAGUCAAGGAGGGAACCACAAUUGUCCUCCCAAGCAGUUCACUCUAUGAGAACACAGCUGCAGUCACUUCUGCUCCACCAGUGACCUCUACGGGUCCUCUACAGACCACAUCCCCAGCUGAGACUACAGCAAUAAUGACCACCACUUCAGUAGAAAAGACAAGCACAAUUCCUCUUCCUCCUAUUACAACACCAGGGAGCACAGCUGGAGCCACCUCCAGUAUACUAGAGACGUCCACAUCCCCUGUAGAGUCCAUGUCUCCAGCAAUAACUAGUACCACUGCAACUGAAGAGACAAGGAGACUUCCCCUUUCUGCAAGUUCACUACCUGAAAGCACAGCUGCAGCCACCUCUACCGAAGGAGAAACAUCCACCUCUCCUCCAGAGACAACUUCUGCAGCUGAAACUACAGCAAUGACUAGUACCACUACAACAGAGGGGACAAGCGCAGUACCUCUUUCUACGAGUGCGCUACCUGGGAGCACAGCUAGAGCCUCCUCAACUAUUCCAGAGACCUCCACAGCUCUGCUAGAGACCACAUCCCCAACUGAGACGACAGCAAUAAUUAGUGCUACGACAAUCGAGAAGACAACCACACUUUCCAUUUCUACAAUUUCACAACCUGAAAGCACAGUUGUAUCCACCAGAACCAUUGGCGAAACAUCCACCUCUCCUCUAGAGAUGACUUCUGCAGCUGAAACGACAGCAAUAACUAGUAGCACUAGAGUAGAAGAGUCAACACCACCUCCUCUUCCUACCACUACACUUCUUAGGACCACAGCGGCAGCCACCUCUACUACUUCAGAGACCUCCACUGGUGCUCUGGAGACCUCUUCCCCAAAGGAGACUACAGCAGUAACUGGUACCACUGCAGUAGGCGAGACAACCACAAUUACUCUUCCUACUACUUCACCCUAUGAAAGCAAAGUUAUAGCCACCUCGAGUAUACCAGAGACCUCCACCUCUCCUGUAGAGACCACUUCUGCAGCUCAGACUACAGAAAUACCUAGUACCAGCACAGCAGAAGAGACAACCACAGUUCCGUUUCCUACUGCUUCACUGCCUGGGAUUACUGCUUCCGCCACGUCUGUUCUUCAAAAGACCCCCACAGCCCUUCGAGAGACCACUUCCCUAGCUGAGACUGCAGCAAAAGCGAAUGCCACUGCACUAGAAGAGACGAGCACAGUUGCCAUUCCUACCACUUCUCUUCGCGAAAGCACAACAGUAGCCUCUUCUCUUAUUCGCGAGAUCUCCACAGCUGCUCGGGAGUCCCCGUCCCUGGCUGAGACUACAGCGAUAACUCGUACGACUACGGCAGAAGAGACAACCACGGCUGCGCUUCCCACCACUUCAACCCAUAAGAGCACAGCUAUAACCACUUCUACCAGAGCAGAAACAUUCACAUUUCCUUUACAGACCGGUCCCGCAGAGAUGACAGCAGGAACUACUGCCACAGUUGCCUUUCCCACUACUUCUCCAGUUGAAACAACCACCAUUCCGGCUAUCACCACACCAGCCCCUGCGGUCACAUCCCUCACUGAGACGGCAACUGGAGUCACUUCCAUUUUACCGUUGAAAUCCACGGUCCGUCUUGAGACAAGUGUUCCCUCUGAGACCACAAGAAUUCCCAGCACCUCUACAGAAGUUGAGACAACCACAGCUGCCCUUCCUGUCACUUAUCCCACCGCGACCACAAGUGCAGUCACCUCCUCUGUAGCAGAGACAGCUACAGUUGCUGUUACGGUGACUUCUCCAGUGCAGACCACAGGGACACUGACUCCCACCACAGCAGGUCCUAAAACAUCCACAUCUGCUCUGGAGACCAGUUCUUCAGCUGAGAUCCCAGCAGCUUUGGGCACCACCACAGAACGGGGGACACUCCCAGCAUCCCCUGUCACCACUGUUCUAGCCCAGACUACUAAAACCUCACCCAUUGCUACAGCAGCAGAGAGAAGCACAGCGGCUCCAGUCACCACGACCCCUGCUGAGACCACAACAACUUACACCUCCACUACCAGACAGGGAACAACCACACCUGCCCUUUUUACAACUUCCCCAGCUGAGACCACAACCGCUUUGGGUGUCCCUAUCAGAGGGGCGACAGCAGCCAUCUCUGUGACAACCACAACAUCGCUGUCACCUAACACAGCUGCUUUGACAAAUCGUGAAAUAACUGAAAUAAUCUACCAGAAGACCGUUAAGGCAGUGGAACAAAAUAAAGAUAAUAAUGUCACAACAACACAGACAACUCCAGUGGUUAAAACCACCACCACCACGACGAAAAGUACAACAUUAGAGAGUACCACCAAAGCAGCAGCUCCUGUGAUCCCAAACAAACCUGGGACCACAGCAACGUAUCCCACAACAGGAGCAGAAUCCAUCACCGCAGUUCCAAUGACCACUUCUACAGCUGAGUCUAAAACUGCAGCUACCUCUACGUUAGCAGAGACAUCCGCUUCUGCUCAUCCAACCUCCUCCCUAACUGAGCCCACAUCACUAAUCAGCACUUCCACAUCAGAGCCAACCACAAUUGCUCUUCCUGCUAGUUCAGCGUCAGUUAUGACCGUUGCAGCCACCUCUGCAACAGCAGAAACGUCCACAUCUCCUCUAGAGACCAAUUUCCCAGGUGAGACUACAGCGUUGCCUAGUAACAGGACAGUCGAGGGGACAACCAUUGUUGCGCCUCUGACCACUUCACUACCUCAGAGCACAGCUGCAGCCACCUCCGCUUGGGAAGAGACAUCCACAUUUCCUCCAGAGACCACUUCUCCAGCGGAGACAACAGCAAUAGCUACUAACUCAGUCAAGGAGGGAACCACAAUUGUCCUCCCAAGCAGUUCACUCUAUGAGACCACAGCUGCAGUCACUACUGCUCCACCAGUGACCUCUACGGGUCCUCUACAGACCACAUCCCCAGCUGAGACUACAGCAAUAAUUAGUAGCACUACAGUAGAAAAGACAAGCACAAUUCCUCUUCCUCCCAUUACAACACCAGGGAGCACAGCUGCAGCCACCUCCAGUAUACUAGAGACGUCCACAUCCCCUGUAGAGUCCAUGUCUCCAGCAAUAUCUAGUACCAGUGCAACUGAAGAGACAACGAGACUUCCCCUUUCUGCAAGUUCACUACCUGAAAGCACAGCUGCAGCCACCUCUACCGAAGGAGAAACAUCCACCUCUCCUCCAGAGACAACUUCUGCAGCUGAAACUACAGCAAUGACUAGUACCACUACAACAGAGGGGACAAGCGCAGUACCUCUGUCUACGAGUGCGCUACCUGGGAGCACAGCUAGAGCCUCCUCAACUAUUCCAGAGACCUCCACAGCUCUGCUAGAGACCACAUCCCCAGCUGAGACGACAGCAAUGAUUAGUGCUACGACAAUCGAGGAGACAACCACACUUUCCAUUUCUACAAUUUCACAACCUGAAAGCACAGUUGUAUCCACCAGAACCAUUGGCGAAACAUCCACCUCUCCUCUAGAGAUGACUUCUGCAGCAGAAACGACAGCAAUAACUAGUAGCACUAGAGUAGAAGAGUCAACACCACCUCCUCUUCCUACCACUACACUUCUUAGGACCACAGCGGCAGCCACCUCUACUACUUCAGAGACCUCCACUGGUGCUCUGGAGACCUCUUCCCCAAAGGAGACUACAGCAGUAACUGGUACCACUGCAGUAGGCGAGACAACCACAAUUACUCUUCCUACUACUUCACCCUAUGAAAGCAAAGUUAUAGCCACCUCGAGUAUACCAGAGACCUCCACCUCUCCUGUAGAGACCACUUCUGCAGCUCAGACUACAGAAAUACCUAGUACCAGCACAGCAGAAGAGACAACCACAGUUCCGUUUCCUACUGCUUCACUGCCUGGGAUUACUGCUUCCACCACUUCUGUUAUUCAAAAGACCCCCACAGCCCUUCGAGAGACCACUUCCCUAGCUGAGACUGCAGCAAAAGCGAAUGCCACUGCACUAGAAGAGACGAGCACAGUUGCCAUUCCUACCACUUCUCUUCCUGAAAGCACAACAGUAGCCUCUUCUCUUAUUCGCGAGAUCUCCACAGCUGCUCGGGAGUCCACGUCCCUGGCUGAGACUACAGCGAUAACUAGUACGACUACGGCAGAAGAGACAACCACGAUUGCGCCUCCCACUACUUCAACCCAUAAGAGCACAGCUAUAACCACGUCUACCAGAGCAGAAACAUUCACAUCUCCUUUACAGACCGGUCCCGCAGAGAUGACAGCAGGAACUACUGCCACAGUUGCCUUUCCCACUACUUCUCCAGUUGAAACAACCACCAUUCCGGCUAUCACCACACCAGCCCCUGCGGUCACAUCCCUCACUGAGACGGCAACUGGAGUCACUUCCAUUUUACCGUUGAAAUCCACGGUCCGUCUUGAGACAAGUGUUCCCUCUGAGACCACAAGAAUUCCCAGCGCCUCUACAGAAGUUGAGACAACCACAGCUGCCCUUCCUGUCACUUAUCCCACCGCGACCACAAGUGCAGUCACCUCCUCUGUAGCAGAGACAGCUACAGUUGCUGUUACGAGGGGCGAGAACAGCAGCCAUCUCUGUGACAACCACAACAUCGCUGUCACCUACCACAGCUGCUUUGACAAGUAA